GGAGAAUCCACCGAAAUUAGCCUCAGGACUGCACUCCUAAACUGACCAGCACUCAUAAACCUCCCAAACCCAACCCAACCAUAACCAUAACCUCCAUGACAUCUUAACUAGACCAAACCAAACCAAACUUUACCUGACCAAAAAGUUGAAAGCGACCAUGUCCUCCCUCCGCCAGCGACAGGUCCCCGCCGGCAACAACGAACCAUCUACGCCCAAACAGACCGCCCAGAAGACCAAGUCUCGCCAUGAAAAGAAGACCGGCCUCAGCAUCCUCGACAUCAUCCGCGUGGUGGUCACACUGAUCGUCGCAUCAUGCGGCUUAUCUUACUACAUGACGUCGACGGAGUCCGUGCUAUGGGGCUACAGGCCAUGGUUCACUAGAUGGCCGGUGUUGGUCCGGUACUUGCAAGGACCUCUGAGCCUCACGCCCGAGCAACUCGCCCUCUACAACGGCUCCGACUCGGCUCUCCCCAUCUACCUCGCCAUCAAUGGCUCCGUGUUCGACGUCUCCGCGAACCCGCUCGUGUACGGCCCGGGCGGACACUACAAUUUCUUUACGGGGAAGGAUGCCACGCGCGCGUUUGUCACGGGCUGUUUCCAGGAGGACCAGACGCAUGACCUGCGGGGUGUUGAGGAGAUGUUCAUGCCUCUUGAUGAGGAGGCGGAGCUGAAGACGCUGAGCAGUGGGGAGAAGAAGAUCCGGCGCGAGCAGGAUCGCCGGCUUGCUCGCACGAGUGUGCAGAAGCAGGUGCAGCAUUGGGAGAAUUUCUUCCGGAAUCAUCAGAAGUAUUUCGAGGUUGGGAAGGUUGUUGGAUUGGAGGUGCCCGAGGAGCAGAGGGAGCUUUGUCAGGCUGCUAAGCAGCAGAGGCCUAAGAGGAGUAAUAUGAAGAAGGGAAAUUAGGGACAUGGAGUGGUUUGAUUGAUGGGUUUGUAUGUAUAUAAGUAUAUGGGCGUGUUUUUUUUUUUU